AUGACCAGUCUAACAUGCCUUCUUCAUGGGGAACACCCUAACAAGACCUUUACUAUCCGUCUUCAAUCAUAUGAGGAACUUAGUGACCUCAAACUGGCUAUAAAAAACCGAAAGGAACAGACCUUUAUCAACACUGAAGAUACAGAAAUUGUAGUCUGGAGGGUUGAAAUCUCCACUACCAAUGAAGAUGAUGCAAAGUAUAAACUGCUUGCCAGUCAGCAGGCUGACAUCAACAUCCAAGAACAACUCGGUGGAGAAUUAUUGAGUAAGGGGGGCACUCUCAUUACGGCAUACUGGCCUCAACCUCAGCGGGGAACGAUCCAUGUCCUUGUUGAACCACCACGUGAGCGUCGCUUUGCUUCUGCUAACGAGGUUUAUCCUGAUUUUAAUUUCUACGUUGAGCCUGAAGCUGAAGUCAAAAAAGUGGUAGAAUUACUCCUCGAACGCAAAUUCACCCUCUUGUUUGGCCAUCGACAAAGUGGCAAGUCUACCACUUGUCAUGCGAUUCUACGAUGGUUCUACACUCAUUCGGAACAAAUUAGAGAAGCUGGCUUUGAUCCACAGGAAUUAGAGAUCUAUUUUGUGACUUUCGAUGCCAAUAUUCUUGUUGGUAGCAGACGUGACAUGUUCUGGAAGAGCGUAUGCGAGAAAUUCAAGCUUGUAGGCAAUGCCCGGUUUAACUUUGAUAAUAACCAGCAAUCCUCGGGGAACACCUUUAUGAGAUUCUUUGCAAAAGACAACCCCCUCGCACAAAGCCAAGCUAUUAUCAUCAUCGAUGAGGCUUCGCGUCUGACCAGCAAUGAUGACGAAGCCACUAUGGCCAUUAUUACCGAAUUCAUCGACUCGCUGUGGACUCUCAAGGGUGAUCGUGAUAAUUUUCGCCUCCAUUCUCUUUUACUCUGUGGAACCGCAAGUAUUAGGGACCUCCUGCUUGCUCGCCAACGACCUGGCUCUAUGUCCUCAAUUUCCCCAUUUUCGGAAGAAGCAAGCUUGACGUCCAGUCGAUUUACUGAAGCUGAAGUCCGCGCUCUUUUUACUCAGUUUGCUGACACUAAUAAUAUGGCGUUCGAUAUAGUCAAUAUCGCGGCGGAUAUUUUUGAUCUCACUCUUGGCCACAAAGGUCUCGUUGGCGCUUGCGGCGAUUAUAUUCAAAAUACAUAUGAUCAUAAUAAUACUCCCAUUGUAACGCUCGAUGAUUGGAAAAGGCACACUCCUGUUAAACUGCUAAAUCGCAUACUGCAAUUGUCAACGUAUGAAUCCAUCGUGCGAAAUCUUAACACUCUCACGCCCUCACGUCGACGAAUGAUUUUUGCGAAACGGGAAUUAGAUAAUGGACGUUGGGAAACCGAAAUUGGCGCACCUAUCCUUCGUAGUUUAAUAAUUUCAACCAUAAUUCUGCCUGAUCUAUCCAUACCUAAUGACCUGCCAGAUACAACAACGCUUGAUCCUCGAUGGUUCUUAGCACGUACUAUUGAAAAUUUAUGCGUUCGGAACCUCUACUCUGGACCGACCCUAAAUGCAAAUGCACAACCAUCUGAGUAUGCUUUUCAAUCUGAGUUCUCUACCGUCUUCAAGAACAUGCUUGGCCAUGUAUAUCCAACGUUGCGAUAUAGAGUUUUGGUCGAAGCAAAGGAGCAUAUGGAAGGUGGCACCCGCCGUCAGCGUUUAGACCUCCUCAUCCGUGAUGGUGCUGUACUACCCGCAUAUGGCUUUGAGCUUGUCGUUUCAGCAAGUAAGAAAAAUUUCAAAAACCACAUCAAACGUUCCAAAAGCUACAAAAAAAUCCAUGAUUGCACUAUGUUCAUGGUCAACCUAUGUCCCAAACCCACACUGAGUUCUUAUUUUGGAAACAAUGGUGAGCAGUUUGAGGAUAAUGAUGAUGAAGAGAAUGAAGAGGAAGUGAACGAUGAGCAUGGGGAGUAUGAUGGUGUUUCUGUGACUCUGGUAAAUGUCGUCAUAAAACAGAAUGCGCAGGAGGCAUGGCAGGGAGAGUUAAAAUAUGAGGACGGAAAUUCUGAAGUAGUGUCUAUUAAUGGUUCCGAAUGGAACAUGUUCUUCAACACCACAAUCAUUAAUGUAGUCUAA